AGCGCUCCUGUAUCUCAGCCUGAAGACCUCCGAGACCAGAAUCCAGACUCAGUCCAGGACAUCACGGUCCACCAGUCACAGCGGAGACCUGCAGGACGAUGGAGAACCAGAACCCGGACCACAGGAGCCAAACAGCAGCCUCGUGCUCUGAUAGCACCGAUGUUCAGAAACGGAGAGGACGCGAGGGACUCCGUCACUGCUGUCACCACUGUGAUAAAUCCUUCACAACAUCUGGACAUUUAAAGAGUCAUCAGAGAGUUCACAUGGGAGAGAAACCGUACAGCUGUGACCAGUGUGGAAAAGCGUUCACUGCAUUAGGUACUUUAAAAAAUCACCUACGUAUUCACACUGGAGAGAAACCUUACAGCUGUGACCAGUGUGGGAAAGCGUUCACUGCGUUAGGUACCUUAAAAAAUCACCUACGUACUCACACUGGAGAGAAACCUUACAGCUGUGACCAAUGCGGGAAAGCGUUCACUGCGUUACGUAUCCUAAAACAUCACCUACUUCUUCACACUGGUGAGAAACCUUACAGCUGUGACCAAUGCGGGAAAGCGUUCACUACAUCAGGUGAACUAAAAAUCCACAGACGUGUUCACACUGGAGAGAAACCAUACAGCUGUGACCAGUGUGGGAGAUGUUUCUUUCGCUCAGAUCACCUAAAAGCACAUAAACUUGUUCACACUGGAGAGAAACCGUACCGGUGUGAACAGUGUGGGAAAGGUUUCACUCAGGCAGGUACCCUAAAACAACACUUACCUAGUCACAGUGGAGAGAAACCUUACAGCUGUGGGCAGUGUGGGAAAGCGUUCUUUACAUCAUGUGCCCUAAAGAAACACCUACGUAUUCACACUGGAGAGAAACCGUACAGCUGUGGGCAGUGUGGGAGAAGUUUCGCUAAAUCACGUGACCUUUUGGUACACAGCCGUAUUCACACUGGAGAGAAACCGUACCGGUGUGAACAGUGUGGGAAAGGUUUCACUCAGGCAGGUACCCUAAAACAACACUUACCUAUUCACACCGGAGAGAAACCUCACAGCUGUGGACAGUGUGGGAAAGCGUUCUUUACAUCAUGUGCCCUAAAGAAACACCUACGUAUUCACACUGGAGAGAAACCGUACAGCUGUGACCAGUGUGGGAAAAGUUUCACAAAAUCCAGUGACCUUAUGGUACACAGCCGUGUUCACAGUGGAGCAAAACCGUACUGGUGUGGGCAGUGUGGGAAAAGUUUCUCUCGAUCGGGUCACCUAGGAAGACACAGCCGUACUCACACUGGAGAGAAACCGUACUGGUGUGAAACAUGUGGGAAAACCUUUUCUACUGAUAGAAGCCUUAAACGCCACCAACGCAUUCACACUGCUUAGUUUAGAAAAGUUUUCAGCGCCAAGUGAGCCGUUUCCUCAAGCCUCCUCUUCGUGCUGUCUUUGUAAUAAGCCUGAAUGUAAACCUCCUCGGGGUGGGGUGGGGGGUAAUAUAAGGUAAAGAAAAAUAUAGGCUUAAAAAUAUGGGGAUUAUUGGCAACCCACUUUUGCAUUUUGCAGAGAAACAGAGAGAGAGAUGUUAUCUGGUAUGACGUCAACAGACACACAGGAAAUGUUACAUUAUGAAGCGACAGUUGACGCACCACUGCAGUUGUGCCUCACGAACAUUAAGUUUCAGUUUCGAUCCACAUGCAGCGCACUUGAAAACUGAAUCACGGGCGACUUCAUGACUUUUUUUCCUCUUGUGUCCGCGGGGUAUUACAUUUUGAUUUUGAAAUAUAAGACUUUUUAAGACCUUAAGGUGGUAUUAUGCUUUUUGGCUUUUCCACUCUCCUUUGUUGAGUUAUCAACAUAUUUAUAAAUAAAAAAGUGAAAAAACCUAAAGUCCAGCCCAAAGGGAGUUCCCAUCUCCCACAGAAAACUCUGCUCUGAACCGCUUGAAAAUAGCUUGUUUGUUUACGGUCUUUUCGCUGACCCGCACUUCUCUGCUUUUGAUUGGCUAGUAGUCACUAACUAGAAACUGCGCAUGUGUAACUCCCAACAAAGAUCAUUUAGAGACCAGAUGUAUCACUCCAUAGCUAAAGUUUUGAAAAUGAAACCAUGUAAACCUGUUCUGGUACAACCUCUAAAUAGGAUUUUGAACCUGAAAAUGAGCAUAAUACCACCUCUUUAAAUUCACUGACGUUUGUGUUCUAGGUCUUAAAUAACUUAAAACGGGGGUUAAUUUUCUAACGUCCAUGUAAUGCUACUUGUAAUGCUCAUCGAAAUGCUCCCGCAGCGCUUUAGUAGUGUUGCAGGACGCACAAAUGAAAUGUAAUUAUACAGAAGGGAGGUGGUUCUCAUGUUUUUAUAUUCAUUUCUACAAAUGUAUAAAGUAGUAAAAUAAGACGCAAGGCAAAUUAACAGUUUUAUCUGUAAUAAUUAUGCAAUCAUAUUAACAGUGUUUUCCUGCCAAAACUGCUAGGUACUGCGCCAUGAAUGUAAAAUCCUUGUGGAGAGCAUCUUAGCUUUUGGGGUUUGUUUAAAGUCUCCUCUAGAUUUUCCUACUUAUUAUUUACAGAUGUGGUAAUAACAAUGUUCCAGAAUUACAUGGAAUUGCAGAACAGAAAAAUACCAUUUUCAGACACGAAUGCGGAAUUUGAAAAAGAAGACAAUAACAAAGUAAUGGCGCUGCAGAAGCAGCUGGUAGGUAACCACAGCUCAGUGCAGCAAAAGUUGAACAUGUGAUGUUGGUGGUUAAAUAAAAGUUUUCAAAAGUUAUUCAUUGAAGCUGAAUUUUUAAAAAUAAGCAUUUUAUUAAUGUUUAUUUCUACAAAGAUCCAUGCCCACAUUUUUAUUGUUCUGUAUUCUUGUAUUGUGAUAUUUUAUUCUGUUUUAUUCAUUUUUAUAUGCAACAUUUGUAGAAAUCCUCAAUAAACAGAUGCCUCAA